GGAGAAAAAGAAGAAGAGAGAGAAAACGAAAGAGCUGAGACAUUUUCGGUUCGAGAAGAAGGAAGAAAGAAGAACGUCUUUUUUCUUUCUUUUUAAUUUUAAUUUUAAUUUUUUAACUUUUCCCUGUUUCUCUUUUUAGCUCUCUCCUUUUCUCUUUCCUCUUUCCUCUUUUGGGGCUUUCUCUAUUAAAAUGGAAGAGAGGAGAGAGAGAAGGGCUUUUUAGGGUUUGAGCGAAGGAAGAAGGAGAAGAGAAGAGGAGGAAGAAGAAAUUUGGGGUUUGGGGAAGAGCCAUGCAUGUGAUGCGGCGCCUCAAGAGCAUUGCUUCAGGCCGUUCAUCUGUUUCAGAUCCCGGUGGGGGUUCUGGCACCAAAAGAGUGAAAGUUGAUCAAGAUGUAGAAGGGAGGGUUCCUAAGGAGGAACCCCGUGUAGGUGAAGCGACAACUAUGGGUUUAGAUCAGCAUACUGCUUCUACAUUGCUGGAACCUGAUCCAAGCUCAUCCAAUAUGGCUGCUAUUGAUAGAACUGACAAGGCUGGUGUUGAUCAGCUUCCAAAGGAAAUGCGUGAAAUGAAAAUCAGAGAAGAUAAAGCUGACCACCAUGAUGAUAAGGAGUUGGAAGCCACUGUUGUGAAUGGUAAUGGGACAGAAACAGGUCAGAUAAUUGCAACAACAAUUGGUGGUCGAAAUGGUCAGCCAAAGCAGACAAUCUCAUACAUGGCAGAACGUGUAGUAGGCACUGGUUCGUUUGGUGUAGUUUUUCAGGCCAAGUGCCUGGAAACAGGGGAAGCAGUUGCUAUAAAGAAGGUACUGCAGGAUAAGAGAUACAAGAACAGGGAACUCCAAGUUAUGCGCUUGGUGGAACACCCUAACAUAGUUCAACUAAAGCACUGUUUCUUUUCAACCACUGACAAAGAUGAGCUGUACCUUAACCUUGUCCUGGAGUAUGUCUCAGAAACUGUUUACCGAGUUGCAAAGCACUACAGCAAGAUGAACCAACAUAUGCCCCUCAUCUACGUUCAACUGUAUACUUAUCAGAUCUGUCGUGCACUAGCUUACCUUCAUGGUGUUAUCGGUGUGUGUCAUCGUGACAUUAAACCACAGAAUUUAUUGGUCAAUCCCCAUACUCAUCAACUAAAGAUUUGUGAUUUUGGAAGUGCCAAAAUGUUGGUGCCGGGAGAACCUAAUAUAUCAUACAUUUGUUCGCGGUAUUAUAGAGCUCCAGAGCUGAUCUUUGGAGCUACAGAAUACACAACAGCAAUUGACAUGUGGUCUGUUGGUUGUGUCGUAGCUGAGCUUCUUCUAGGGCAGCCUCUGUUUCCUGGAGAAAGCGGUGUCGAUCAGCUGGUGGAAAUCAUCAAGGUUCUUGGGACCCCAACUAGAGAAGAGAUCAAGUGCAUGAAUCCAAACUACACAGAGUUCAAGUUUCCUCAGAUCAAAGCUCAUCCAUGGCACAAGAUUUUUCACAAGAGGAUGCCUCCUGAGGCAGUUGAUCUUGUAUCAAGGUUGCUCCAGUAUUCACCAAAUUUGCGUUGCACUGCUUUGGAGGCAUGCGCACACCCCUUCUUUGAUGACUUGAGAGAGCCAAAUGCACACCUGCCUAAUGGACGCCCCUUUCCCCCUCUAUUCAACUUCACGCCUCAAGAGCUGGCAGGUGCUCCUCCGGAUCUUCUUCAGCGUCUCAUUCCCGAGCACAUGAAGAAAUAAAGUUGUAAAAGGGAAGCAUAGUUCUGGUGAUUUUAGUAUAUCAAAAUCCAAAGGCGUGAUAGCCCUUGCCCCAGCUGCUGCUUGCUUGCCCCAAGCGCUCAGCCUAAAAGCACACUGGCCUUUGGCCUGGAGAUUGGACAUGAGAGCAGAGAGAUGUGAAGGUUUAUGGGCUGUAGCAGAUCCGUGUUGGGGUGUUUUGGUCGGUCAAUGGCUUUCCUAGCAGAUUCCUGCACAUUGCGGAAUGUAUGAUGUAUCAGACCACCACGGGCGGAAUGAAUAUCUAUGUUAGGUUUGUUUAUUUGAUGUAUUACCAUGCCAAACUGUGGUAGAUGAAUAGUUCACCGGUUAUGUCUUAGCUGGGUCUAUAUCAUGGGGGGUUGUUUUUUAAUUUUUUGAGCAUCACGACUGAAAUGUAGUUCUCUGUUUAUUUGUUCUUCGUAUCUAGAGUGUGGAGAGAUGAUGGAGAAUCUACUGAAAACCCAAUCUUGUCUCUUAC